AGAGGAUAUGGUAAUACUCGCAACAACCGGAAGUACCGUGAACAGGCGGGAAGUUGAAAGUUUGAGUGAUUUAGAAUUUAAAAAAAUAAUCUCACUGCCGAAUAAUUGAAUGCGUAUUUAACAAAGACGGCAAUUUCCACAUGUACAACAAAAGCCAAGGGAAUAAAACUAACUCGGGUAAACACGAACAACGACUCAGCCGAACUUCGCUAACUGACGCUGAUAGCAGUUAGCUUGUUGUCGUUGUGAGUGUCAACAAUCAGGAUGGCGGACAGAAAUCUGGUGCAGGAGUUGAAGCGGUGGGCGACAGAGGAGUUCAACCUGCCCUCGGACAGUCUACCCAAUGACAGCUACUUCAAAACGCUCUGUGUUGGGACUGGGAAAUCAAUAUGGAAGUAUGUCAUCCAACACAUUUUCCAUCAGAGAAAUGUGAAGAUCAUGCGUGGCAACCUGCAGUGGUACAAAGUUCUUCAGGACAAAGAGUUGAAGCAGACUGAGGACCAGAGUGAGGCUGCUAAACAAAAAGAGCUUCAGAGGAAGAUAGAGCAGCUGAAAGCUGAGAUCAGUCACCUGGACUCUCAGAUCAGUGGGACAGAGGAACAGUUGGCCACACAAGAGAGGUCUGUCGGUCGUACCUGGGCCCAGGUGGAAGACAGUCGGUGUAGAGAGCUGCUUCUUCAGGCCUUCAGACAGCGAUGUGCCCUGGGCUGUAAGAUUUUGUCAGAAGAUGCACAAAAGAUCAGAGGGCACUGCGAAGCAAUGGAACAUAUGGCCAGGGAAGCAGAGGUUGAAGUCUUGUUUGAUAAAUCUUCAAGCAGCAGAGAUGGGGACAACCUCAAAACCUCAGCAGAGGCACAGGUCCUGCGUGAAAUAAGAGAGCUGUGUGAUGACAGGAUCCACUUCUAUCAGUCUUUACAAGAGAGUGAACUGAAAACAACCAACUCUGCAGCCAAACAUAUGACCCCUGAACAGAAGGCUGCCAUGUUUCAGUACUGGUUGAGUGCUGUGGAGAACGUGUUGGGUGGUUAUCCUCCAAACCAUAUUCUGUCAGCAUUACAAUAUUUAGCUUCCAGAGACCAGAAGGAAUUAGAGGACAAACUUGCUUCUCUGGAUGUGACUCGGGAUGUGACAGCUCUGCGGUUCCGUUAUGAAAGCAAUCACCUACUAGACAUGUCAACAGAGGAUAGUGUGUUGCCACCAGUGAAGACCCUGUUACAGGAUGCCUGGGAAGAGGUGGAACAGAGUUUGGUGGAACUGACCCAGACUCGAUCCAGGGUGCAGCAGCUCAAAAAUCAGCUGCAGUCCCGCAAGGUGGAGGCACAGCAGGAGUUGUCUGGUGUAACAGAUGAGCUCCACCAUGACACCUUGGCACUGUCAGUUCUUGAGCUGGAGCUUCAGAGUGUGAUGCAGGCAGCAGUGAGAGAUCACAUCCAAGGCCGAUGUAUCCAACUGGACCAACAUGCCCGGAGCCGUCAGGAGGCACUUAGAAACCUCCGCAGCCAGUGGCAAAGUAUCCGGGACUUCAGACAGCUAGUAGUUCUUAGACAGGACCAAAUCAGAGGUUUGAUUAAGGGGAACUCCAUGGCCAAGACUGAUCUCAUUCAUCUGCAAAGACAGUUACAGGAAUUCAUCAGAGAUAAUCUGGUGCCGCAAUUUGAAGAUGUCACCACUGCAGCUGAUAGUCUAAGGAACUUGAUUUCUAAGGAUGCCAGACAGUUUGGAAUGGUUUCGCUUCUUGCGUUGGACCGCAGGACUGUUGAGGGAAGACAAAGAAUCCCUGCGUCAUCACUGUCUAUCUAUCGCAUGCAGUCCCCAAACUUCAGCAGCAUGUGUCGGAGCCUGGAGUUCCCUCUGUAUAAGGCUCCUGAGGAGUUAUGGUUUCAGGCGCAAUCCCAACAACUUGAGUUACGUUUCCUCUGUCAGUUACAACAACUUCACACUGCGACUCUGCAGAAAAUACAGAAGGAAACAGAAACGCUACAUGCUUCAGAUCAAAAAGCAUUGCUGUCCAGAGUUGUAGAGGAGGAUCAGAAGCUUCUGAAGUGUCUGGUACCAAGAGUCAAAGGCCUUACCCAGCACUGUGCACAGGGCCUUGCUUAUGGAGACCAAGUCAAAACUGCUAUCUCUCAUUGGUGGGAUCAACCAGCUCAGCAUGUCCUCUCAGAGGCAAAUCAAGGAGGACUAACUUUACAACAGUGGCUGCAAAGAUGGAAACUGGCUGCCAAUGUCCCUUAAGGGUGGUGUCAUAGAUUAAAAUAUAUAAAGGUGUAUCUCUUUCAGUACUGGUAAAAUGCCACAACAGUCAAGGCUGGACAAAUGAAGUGCCCCAAAGGCCACACUGCCAUCCGCUUUCACUUGGUAGACAAUUUGAUAAAUUUUAAUUGUGUCAAGGUAUUUGUAAAAUGCAAUAUCAACUCAGCGUAUUAUCUGGUUCUGUAUUUUUGUGGUAGUGGACAAACUCUAGAAGACAUUUCCUACUAUUUUAUCAUGUGAAAGUCAAUUAGUAAUAAACCAUUUCAAAUCUUA